GAACUUCUCCGCUCUCUCUCUCUCUCCUCCCACCACUCAAUUUUUUUUUUCUCUCUCACUCUCUCUCUCUCCCGUUGAAAUCCCUUUCUUCCUCUCUUCCAACAAAUCUCUUUCUUCCUCUUUCAGAUCUAAACGCCGGAAAACAUAGAGAUUCAUUCGCCCCAAUUCCCAGCGAUUCCUCCUCGCCUACGCGCGACCUCUCUCCGGCGCCUCCUCAUCAUCUCUUUUCCUCCGCUGCACCACCGCCGAAACAGAGCUAGCCAUCGCAAAAUGACGGUUCAAGCUCUCAAGACGGGGCCUUCGAAACAGAGCUAGCCUCAAUCCGCUUCUUCAAUCCCUACUCCAAAUCCCUCGUCAAUCAUUAUCGCCUCCCACCCCUUUUGCUGCGCCGUUCAGAUCUGCUUUCCAAGAUGAGCGACUAGUUCGAGAUGGUGCGCAAAACAAGACCCGAUGCUCAAAGGAUUCGAUUCAAUCCCCUAGAAAUCCUCGCUUCCAGAAGCCGAAGAAGGUGACCUGUUCUCUGUCUUCGCCGGCGUUAAUGAAUUUACUUAACCCGAAGGUGGGGAUGGAUGGAGGUCGAGCAGCGGUCGGAUUCUGAAGGGGAACGACUAAUAUUCCCCUUCUUUGUUGUUGUUGCCUUGUCCUGCGAGCUAUGCCUCCUCGACCCUCCGUUCUCGUUGAUUUGAACAAAACCACUCUAUUUCUCAGGAAAUUCGAGACGUCGUCGAUCGUUGACCUUCGCAAUCCAUCCAUUCCUUCCAGAUGCAAAACCCAGAACCACCGAUUGCUAUUGGGGGGAGAGAUGGUUGGGAGAGUAGAGGAGGAAGAGAGGUGCAGUGGAGGAGGAUACGAAGAGAGAGAAUGGAUUUUCUGGAUUGAAUUAGGGAUUUUUUUGUUGGUGGUAGAAGGUGGAUAGAUGUGAGAGACGAGGAGGAGAGCUAUCUGACUCUAAUUUUUUUUUUAAUUUAAAAUAUGACGUGGCGAUUUCAUGACAUGUGAGUCUAGGUGGACAUGAUGUGUCGUAUAGGUGGCAGCCACAUAAGCAUAAUGUUCACUUAAACUAACUGAGUUAGAGACGGUGUUAAAGUAUUUGACGGAACUGGCUAUAUUUGUCAUACAAGUUCAAAAAAAGUGGCUAUAAGUGGUAUUUCUCCAAAUUUGGCUAUUAUUGGUACAAACGUAAAAGUUUUGGCUAUGCAAGUGUAUUUUGCCUUGAUAAAACGUCAUAGUAAAAUGGAUUAUUAUAACAAAAAAAGAGUGAAAAUAAAACGGAACCUGUUUGGAUCUCGAAACUCAGAAGUCAGAAGUCGGAGAACAGAACACAAAACCCCAAGGAGAGAGAGAGAGAGAGAGAGAGAGAGAGAGAGAGAUAGAGAGAGAGAUGACGACGAUACGGCGGUUCUGCUGCAACGACCUUCUCCGCUUCACUUCCGUGAACCUCGACCAUCUCACUGAAACUUUCAACAUGUCAUUUUACAUGACCUACUUGGCGAGAUGGCCCGACUAUUUUCACGUCGCCGAAGCCCCCGGCAACAAAGUCAUGGGAUACAUUAUGGGGAAAGUAGAAGGACAAGGCGAGUCGUGGCACGGCCAUGUCACUGCGGUCACGGUGGCUACGGAAUACCGCCGGCAGCAAUUGGCCAAGAAGCUUAUGAACCUGCUGGAAGAUAUCAGCGACAAGAUUGAUAAGGGCUACUUCGUGGAUCUUUUUGUGAGAGCAUCAAAUACACCCGCGAUAAAGAUGUAUGAGAAGCUUGGAUAUGUAAUCUACAGACGGGUGCUCCGCUACUACUCUGGAGAGGAAGAUGGCUUAGAUAUGAGGAAAGCUUUAUCUCGUGACGUGGACAAGAAAUCAAUCAUCCCUCUUAAACGGCCUAUUACUCCCGACGAAUUAGAGUACGAUUAAGUAUCAAAGGCCGAUACCUUAGCUUAACGGUGAUGUCUGUUGAGCUUGACAGCAGUGGAAGAAGCUACUCCGUGAUAUAUUCUUGUAAUUUAUGGUUUGAUACUUGGUGAGUCCCAUUUCAGAUAUUGCCAGGGCCGUCAUCCUCUGGAUAGAACGUGGUAGCGCUUGAAACAGUUACUGUGUGGAAGCUUAGAAGGCAUUCCCCUAUUAUUGCUCCUCUCUUUAGCCAUAAUGCUUCGUAUGGGUGCUUCGCCAGGGAAAAACAUAAAUGGUAGCAACUCA